UCCCGGCAGCGCAGCGGAAGCUCGGGGUCUGGGUGAAGCUGGGCGAUGCGGAAAGAGCUCGCAGGAGCUGUGGAGGAUUGUUUUCAUGACUACAGCGUGUGGAUGGACUCAUAUGCGUGAUUUAACAGCGUGACAGCACCUGCAGCAGUUUUUAGUCAGUAAUUCGGACCUCAUCACCCUCGUCCCUGCUAUGGCAAUCCUCUUUGCUGUGGUGGCUCGUGGAACAACCAUACUGGCCAAACAUGCCUGGUGUGGUGGAAACUUUCUUGAGGUGACAGAGCAGAUUUUGGCCAAAAUCCCGUCCGAAAACAACAAACUCACCUACUCCCAUGGCAGCUAUCUCUUCCACUACGUCUGUCAUGACAGAAUCAUCUAUCUAUGUAUCACAGAUGAUGAUUUUGAAAGGUCGCGUGCGUUUAGCUUCCUCAAUGAGGUGAAGAAACGUUUCCAAACCACCUAUGGCUCCCGGGCUCAGACAGCUUUACCCUACGCCAUGAACAGUGAGUUCUCCAGCACUCUCGCUGCACAAAUGAAACACCACUCAGACCCGAGAGGCUCAGAUCGGUUGACAGAAACGCAAAUGCAAGUGGAUGAUCUGAAAGGAAUUAUGGUCAGAAACAUUGAUCUGGUGGCACAGAGAGGGGAGAAGCUGGAACUUCUCAUUGACAAAACUGAAAACUUAGUUGAUGCAUCAGUAACCUUCAAAACUACAAGCCGCAACCUUGCCCGUGCCAUGUGUAUGAAGAACCUGAAAUUAACACUUAUCGUCGUACUGGUAUCAGUUGUGAUUCUUUACAUCAUAGUAUCUGCAGCCUGUGGAGGACUCAGCUGGCCCAGCUGCCGGAAGAAGUAGGAGGGGAAUCUGGAGCUGAGCUCUGGAUUAAGCCCCUCCCUCCCCUUUUCUUUCUGGCCUGGAAGGGAAACGAACCACUGUCUCAAGAUCGACACACCACUUGAACUCACCCAUCCCUUUAUCAGGCAUCACUGACCUGCCCUCUGUCUCGCCUCCUCCUCCCUCUUAACGGUGACUGUAGCCUUACGGACAGAGGAGUCAGGACAGCGCCUGGACAACCUUUUACAAACGUUCCUCCGUUCUAAGAUCGCUCCGGUGUUCAGAUCCAUAUAGCAGUAUGUUUCCUGGGAAACUUCAACACGAUUGAUCUGCUCUCGUUUAUUUUCUUCACCCCUAAAAUGUGAUGCAGUUAUGCUUUAUUAAAGUAGAAUUAUGAAGAUCCUAGAAUCUGAUAAGAAUAUAAGAAGUUCUAAUAUGAGAUCCAUGUGGGCAAGGCACAUCUUGAUGGAGCUGAUGGUGCUGCACGAGCAUUACACAUUUAGAAAUGAACAGUUUGUAUGCGAUAGUAAGAUGAACUUAUUUACUGGUCAGUAAAAUUUCCCCCUUUUUGUCACAAAGUGAAUAUGGCUAUGUUCAGACUAUCAGCCCAAAUCAGAUUUUUGACCCACAUUAAAUCAGAUUUUUGAGAGUUUAAACAGCCCUAAACCACAUUAAAUUGGAUUUUUGAGAGUUUUGACAGCCCUAAACCACAUUGAAUCAGAUUGCUGAUAGUUUUGACAUCCAUAAAACACAUUAAAUCAGAUUUUUGAUAGUAUUGACAGGUAGAAACCACAUGAAAUCAGAUUUUUGAUAGUUUAGACAGCCCUUAACCACAUUAAAUCAGAUUUUUUAUUGUUUAGACAGCCCUAAACCACAUUAAAUCGGAUUUUUGAGAGUUUAAACAGCCCUAAACCACAUUAAAUUGGAUUUUUGAGAGUUUUGACAGCCCUAAACCACAUUAAAUCGGAUUUUUGAGAGUUUAGACAGCCAGAAAACACAUGAAAUCAGAUUGCUUUGAUCAGAUUUUAAAGUGUAUUUUGUGUGACAAACAGCAACCUUAUCAAAUCUAGAGUGAUUAAAAAAUCCCUCGUUAUCACAGCAAUCGAUGCAGAUAUAUUUGUGAUGUCCAGACAGGCAAAUCCGAUCUGAUUCAAUCAUUUGCCAAUAACAGUGUGGACAGUCAUCUCAACAGAUCUGGUUUGAGAAAUAACUCCAAUAUGCCUGCAGUCUGAACAUAAUCCAUUACACACAUAAUAUAGAGAGAUGAUUUCCCCAUUCAUUUAAAUUUGAUUUCCAUAAAUUAAUGAGUAAUGAGUUUAAAUUGUCAUGUAAAAAAAGAAAAGAAAAGCAUAACAGUCUUAAAUAAUCUGUAUCAGUGUGUAUUAAUGAAGAUGUGAUGCUCACAUUUUACACUUCCUUAGAUUAGAGUUUAUAUUUAAGCACAGUUGCCAAUGAUAAACUCUUAUAUGACAUAUUAUAGGAGCUUUAUUAUUUACCAUGAGCAGACAGAUGAUCUAAACACGUCUGACUUUAUUUAUACAUGCAUACGGUUUAAUUAACUUUAACAAAAAUACCAUAACUAUUUAUUAAAUACUGAGGUGCCACCAUUAAGAGUAUUUAGCCAUGCACUUCACUGAUGUACACGAUGUCAUAUUCUUUAUAGAUAUUUACUGUCUAUAGUAAUGGUGGCUGUAUCAGAUGGUUUAACAUGAGUUUGCCAAAAUAACUAUAAGAACUCUUUCAGAAAGGGUUAAUAUUACCUGAUUUCCUGAUUACCUGACGCCUUCCUGAAUGUUAAACUUGGCCAAUUGAGCAGUGUAUACAGCCUUUUCUUCCUAAUAGAUUUGCCAUAUAGUCCGUUAAUUAUAUUCCACUUCAUAAAGCUUGUAGUUUGGAUAACAGUAUACUUGCCAAUGUUCCACUAUGUACAUGCCUUGACUCAUAUUGAGCUCAACUACAGAUGCAGGUGUAUAGCAGUGAGAUUAGUAUUGCAGAAGAGGCGUAAAGGCAUGAAAGACUGGUAUGCACUAGUGAACGAAAGGAGAUGAUCCGUCUCCAUGGUUGAUUUUUACAUAUAUGUCUGUUACCUUGAUCAAUCUUAAUGUCUGGGAUUAUUUUUUUCAACAAUGCACUUUUUACAUAUUAAGUUUGCUUCCUGCCAUAAUGUUGUCUGUAAUCUUGUAAUUAUUGAAUUAUUGCUCCAAUUUAAGAGAAUUAAAAACAUAUGAAAUCGUC